AUGGAAUCUCUGCCGCCACCUCCACCUGUUAUCCGUUCAAACAUUGUGCCUCUGCAAAUUACCGAAGCAUCAAAGAAGGCAAGAGCUCCUCAGCGUGUUCCGGUGGCAAGGCAUAGUGUUGGACAAGCCGGGAAGGAAAUUCAUCUUCUAACAAAUCACUUCAAAGUCAAUGUCUCAAAGACAGAUGGCCAUUAUUUCCAGUACAAUGUUGUUCUGUUUUAUGAAGACGGUUGUCCUGUUGACGGGAAAGAUAUCGGAAGAAGAGUUAUUGGCGAAGUUCAGAAGAACUAUGCUUCUUAUCUUGGGGGUAAACGUUUAGCUUAUGAUGGGGAAAAGAGCUUGUUUACUUUUGGUUCUCUGCCAUCUAUCAAGCUUGAGUUCACUGUUGUUUUGGAAGAUAUCUCCUUGAGCAGUGACGGCUGUGACAAUGAUGGAAGUGAAGAAGCAAGUGAUCAGAAGAGAAUAAGACGUCCAUCCCGAUCGAAAACUAUCAAGGUCAAUAUCAGUUUUGCUGCAAAAAUCCCUAUACAAUCAAUUGCAAAUGCACUAAGAGGUCAGGAGUCAGAGCAUUUUCAAGAAGCUGUGAGAGUUCUUGACAUUAUACUGAAACAGAAUGCAGCAAAUCAGGGUUGUCUCCUUGUCCGGCAAUCAUUUUUCCACCAAAACCCAAGAAAUUUCGUGGCGUUGGGAAACGGGGUUUUGGGAUGCAGAGGUUUUCAUUCGAGUAUUUGCCCUACACAGCGAGGUCUGACUUUGAACAUGGAUGUGUCCACUACAAUGAUAGUAAAGCCAGGGCCAGUGGUGGACUUUCUCUUGUCGAAUCAGAAAGUUGGAGAUCCUCAUCAGAUUGACUGGAAGAAAGCUAAGAGAAUGCUGAAAAAUCUGAGGAUAAAGGCCAACCACUCUAACAUCGAGUACAAAAUCACCGGAUUAAGUGACUUACCUUGCAGACACCAAAUGUUUGAGUUGAAACAAAAAGGUGGAAGGCAAGUGAGCAAUGAAGUCCAAUCUGUUGAGAUAACUGUCUUUGAUUACUUCGUAAAUCAUCGUGAAAUUUCCUUGCGAUAUUCAGCUGAAUUUCCUUGCAUCAACGUUGGGAAGCCAAAGCGUCCAUCAUACUUGCCUCUAGAGCUUUGCACAUUGGUCUCCUUACAGCGCUAUACAAAGGCAUUGACUAAUCAGCAGAGGGCUACACUUGUGGAGAAAUCAAGGCAAAAACCAAAAGAACGCAUAGAUGUUUUGCACAAUGCACUGAGGACUAACAACUACAAUGCUGAUCCACUGCUUCGUUCGUUUGGAAUUUCAAUUGAUAAUCAAUUUAUUGAGGUUAGAGGUCGUGUUCUGCCAACCCCUAACUUGAAAGUGGGAAAUAAUCGGGACUUCUAUCCUAGAAAUGGUCGAUGGAAUUUCAACGACAAGAAACUUCUGGAUCCAGUAAAUAUCAAAACUUGGGCUAUUGUAAACUUCUCCGCACGCUGUGAUAGACGCAUCCUGUGCAGUAGUCUGCUCAGAUGUGCAGAAAUGAAAGGAAUUAACUUAAACAAUAGGUUUGAGGUUUUUGAAGAGACUCCUCAAAUUUGCAGAGAGCCAAUUCCACAUCGAGUAGAGAAAAUGAUUGAAAUGGCUAAGUCGAAACUUCCUGAUGCGCCACAGCUUCUAUUGUGUAUUCUUCCUGAAAGAAAGAACUCUGAAAUAUAUGGUCCAUGGAAAAGGAAAUGUCUUGUGGAGCUUGGAGUUCCUACACAAUGUAUUGCACCAACAAAAAUCAAUGACCAGUACAUUACAAAUGUCCUGUUGAAAAUUAAUGCCAAGCUUGGAGGAAUGAAUUCCUUACUAAAAUUGGAGAAUUCUCCUUAUUUUCCUUUGGAUCAUAAAAUUCCCACCAUGAUUCUGGGAAUGGAUGUUUCACAUGGCUGUCCAGGCCGCUCAGAUGUACCAUCUAUCGCUGCGGUGGUUAGUUCCAGAAAGUGGCCAUCAAUUUCUCAUUACCGAGCUUCAGUUCAUACUCAGUCACCAAAAACUGAGAUAAUAGCUAAUUUUUUCAAUCCUGUCUCUGAUACAAAGGACAAUGGUAUCAUAAGAGAAUUGCUAGACGACUUUUAUACUUCUUCUAGGCGGAAGCCCGAUCAGAUCAUUAUCUUCAGGGAUGGAGUAAGUGAAUCACAGUUCAAUACGGUCUUGAAUGAGGAACUACAACAGAUUAUUGAGGCCUGCAAGUUCAAGGAUGAGAAUUGGUCUCCUAGGUUCAUGUUGAUUAUAGCACAAAAGAAUCACCAUACAAAGUUCUUCCAACAAAAUGCACCAGAGAAUGUUCCUCCUGGUACCAUCGUUGACAACACUAUUUGUCAUCCAAGGAACAAUGACUUCUACCUGUGUGCCCAUGCUGGGAUGAUUGGCACAACUCGACCAGUACAUUAUCAUGUUCUACAUGAUGAGCUUGGUUUUACUGGAGAUGCCGUGCAAGAGCUUGUGCAUUCUUUAUCAUAUGUGUACCAAAGAAGCACCACAGCCGUUUCACUGGUUGCUCCAAUAUGCUACGCCCACUUGGCCGCAGCACAGAUGGGACAAUUUUUGAAAUUUGAUGAAAUGUCUGACGCAUCAUCUAGUCACAAUGGUGUCACAAGUGCUGGUGCUGCUCUAGUUCCUGAAAUGCCGAGGCUGCAUAAAUAUGUCCAUAAUUCCAUGUUUUUCUGUUAAAAAUUUCUGCUCAAUGUACUUCUGUUAAAAGAGUUUUUGCUGGGGGAGAUUACGAAUUUCUAUGUUACAACUCUACUAUUACCAGUUUGGUCAAGCAAGCGAUGAGAUCUUUGAGCUAA